CCGGAACGACGUGCUGUCUAUAGACGCAGGCUGGUCUCUUGAUGCCCUGACGACCACUGGCUGACCCUCCGACUGCUGCACUGGCCUCUUGCCUGCUGUGCUUCUCUGCACCGUCAUCGCCGUGUGUGGUCGAGGCUGCCACAGCACCAAAACACACGCUACUGCCCGGACUCCCCAGCAACUCACCCGCCUGCUGCGGAAAAUAAAGAACACACGAGACGGCCGACGAUGCCUCCCGAUAUGGUCGGCAGAGCUGCCUCGCAGGCUUCCAGCGUUGCAUCGCAGACAACGCAAAUCGCGCCCCCGCUUAGCCGCCCCGGAACGGCCGAUCUCAUGAGGUCGCGCUCGGAAACCGUGGUAUCAAGGAACAGUCGUCGUCCCAGGUCGCGAGGCUCGACAGCAAGCAUCCACUCCAACACCACCCAGCAGACGCAGGACCAGCAACUGCCUGACGGUUUCUCUCAAUUCCUCCCCGCCCAACCCUCGGCGAGUCAUAAUGUCUUCGGAGGCAACCCGGAAGAUAUCAUCAUGCGCUUUGGGCAGCAACUAUCCCACCCCGUGAACGGCUCGCCCCUUGACCCAACCAUCCAUGAAGCUCACCAUCCAGUGAUGCCCAGAGCGGAGGAUUUUCCCAGCCAUGCCAUGCACGGCCACCACCUGUCCCACCACUCACUGUCGUCGGGCCUGGCGUCACAUGGGCUGUCCGCCAUGACAAUGCCCCAGUACCAACCGAUGUAUGAUAGUGGGAUUGAAAACCAUGUCCCAGACCAUGCCUUGGAGGAAAACGACCAUUCAGAGGCCGGCACCAAGAAGAAGAAGGGCUCCAGCUCUUCUCUAGCCAAUGAUAACGAGCUGCGCAAAUUGCUGCGGCAAUACGAGGGCUAUUCGCUGAAGGAAAUGGCCGCCGAGGUUCUGAAACAUGAAGGUGCUGGGGGUAAGGCCGAGAAGGUCAAGCAGGUCUUUGCGAUGAUCUGGUUGAAGGAAAAUUGUCGCAAAAGUAGUGGUUCUGUUCGACGGGACCGGGUGUACUGCUGUUAUGCAGAGAAAUGUGGCACCGAGCGCGUCUCUGUCCUGAAUCCCGCCUCGUUUGGCAAGCUUGUGCGCAUUAUAUUCCCUAACGUGCAAACUCGGCGCCUGGGUGUUCGCGGGGAAUCAAAAUAUCACUACGUGGAUUUGACGGUGAUCGAAGAGAAGCAGCAGAAGCCGCCGCCACUGAACCCCCAGAUUCCGGCCAACGCCAACGGCGCAGCUACUACGACGGAGACCAAGAUGGACACCGACUUCCAAAGAAGUGUUAGCGUAUUACCACAAUCAUCUGCAGACACUGCAAUGUUCCCGUCGCCUACAACCUCUUUCGCUCCCCGAUUCUCAACCCAGUUGUCGCUGCCUGCCUGUGGCUGCCAGCCUUCGCCUCGAUCACCGCCGACCUACCCAGCUACCCUUGAAAAUGUAGCAAGCCAUUCCGGAAAGAUCAUUUACCAGAUGCUUCAGCUUCCUCAGACGGACGUAGCGGCGGUUGAUAACGAAACGCUCCAGCUCCCAGAUAUCACCGGUUAUCUCCCGGCUAACACCGACUCGAAAGUCGCGGCCGCUCUGGCGGCCCUAUAUCGUUCGCACUGCAUAUCUGUUAUAGACAGUUUUCGUUACUGCAAGGAGCGCAACCUCCUGAAGUACUUCUCUGCUUUCCACGGCACCCUGACGGUCCCCGUGCAAAAGCUCUUGACCCACCCUAAUCUUGCACCGUGGAUUAAAGAAUGCGACUGGCUCAUGUACCAGAAAAUGAUCGCCUUCGUGGCUCCGCUCACCACCCAGGUCGUGCCUAAACUCGUCCUGGACGCCUUUAGUUCGAUAUCACAGCGACUGACCGGCCACAUUGCGGAGACUUUCAAAGCGCAGCCGACGCAUGUAUCGUUGGCGAGACUGGUCCCGGCCCAGAUCUUCUGCAACUUGCUUCGACAUAUGCUCGACGUGAACCAAUCCGCCAAUGCGGCUGCAGCCUGGCUCUGCCACCCGGACAACCGCAAUCAGAUGUGGUUCGACUUCAAGACCUUGGUUGACCCGAGGGAAAUGAUUACACGGGCCAAUAUCCCCAGUUGUGCGGAACGGACGACGGAGCAAAUCCUGAAACAUGAUAUCCCGGCCCUUCUUACCCCCCUUUCCGACCCGAAUGGAUCCGCUGCCCUUCCCUUCUACACCAAGCCGGACUUGGAGGAAGAUCUUCAAGCGCACAGAUGUCCCGUCGACUCGUCUUCCAGCGGCGAAGACUACAACUUUCCGGACAAGUGGAUCUCGUUCAUCUUGAAUUUACCGGCGGCGUUCCCCAACCACCGGACCCAGUGUAUCAUCGAAAAAGUGGAUGCCCUGUGGGAUUGUAUCCUGCAUCGAUUGACACUGGGGGGCGCCCAAAGCUUCAGCGCCUGGUGGAUGACCAAGGUCUUCUUCCACGAAAUGAUGUUGUGGCAGGCAGAGAAGGGUGGCUUCAUGCGCCACACACCCAGCACCCUGCAGGAGGCAGUCUCGGCGUCGUCGCAACACUCCGGAGCGAACGGCUUUUUGGCGAAACAAGCUCACAGCUCCGACGUUGCCCACGAUCGGCCGUUCAUGACCCCCAAUUUACCUCAACAUGCCGCCGAGGCCAAGUCCCGCGCAGGCACCAGCCCCGUGCCGGGUGAAGGGUUCUCGCAUGCACGAUCAUCGUCGCAAGUGGCACCGAACCAUGGCCAACACACCAUGGAAAACGACAAGUCCAACAUAUCCGACAACAUUGCCGCCUUCCAUGCCCCAAACAAUGAUGACAGUGCCAUUGAUCUUGACGACGAUUCGAUGCUGAUGACUGUCGGUAAAUAUGGUGACAUGAUGGCCUCCGAUCCUGCCGAUGCCGAGGGGGAUGUCGUUGUCAUAUAACGGCCUUUGUUCUGUCGUCUGUUUCUUUUGGAAUUCCCAACCCCCCCGUUUUUUUUUU